UUUCGGUAUCAAUAAAGUUUGGAUCAGUUCCAGUUUAUACCAUCCAUCAGAUAGUCCAAUCAAGUAGCAACACUCUCAAACACGUGUAGGCAGGAUCCGGUUAACCGCCAACACCAUCGGCUUCUCGUCCCUCAGCGAUGACACGUCUGAAAUAACAACGACACACGUGUCAUCUCACACCUCUUUCUUCUCCUUACUCCUUCCACUUCUCGCCAUUUUCAUUGAAAUUUGUAAGCUCUGCAACUACGUACCACUCUCUCUCUCUCUCUCUCUCUCUCUCUCUUUCUCUCACUGUGCAUCGACAAUGGGCCACAACUUGGAGACUCGAUCGUUGAUGGAUGAAAUUAGAAGCUUCGAUAGGAAUGGAGGUUUCUUCGAUUUAGGUCACCCCCUUCUCAAUCGUAUGGCCGACAGCUUCAUCAAGGCCGCCGGUAUUGGAGCAGUCCAGGCAGUGUCGCGGGAGGGAUAUUUCACCCUUACCGAAGAUGGAGAUUCGACUGCCUUCCCUGCUACCCAGAGGAAACAUCGCUUGUCGGAACUCAAAGGAGAAACCAACAAGAAAUCUGUUGAAGCGUUGGUUAAAGGCACAGGGAAAGAGUCUCUCCAAUGGGGUCUUGCUGCUGGGAUGUAUUCAGGUGUUACAUAUGGAUUAAAAGAAGCUCGAGGAGUUCAUGAUUGGAAAAACAGUGCGAUGGCAGGAGCGAUCACUGGUGCAGCUUUAUCAUUAACGUUUGAUGAUUCUUCUCAUGAACAGAUUGUGCAUGCUGCCAUCACAGGUGCGGCUAUAUCCACGGCUGCUAAUCUUUUGACUGGGAUAUUCUAGAAUUCUAGGGUUUUUCAUUUGAAUAUUUUCUUUGUUUAGUAUGGAUCUCCCAGUGUUGCUUUUUAUUUAGUUAUAUCUUGUUUGAAUGAAGAUAUGGAGUUUAAUUCUACGUAAUAUGGUUAAGUUUAGAUCUUUAAUGCUAUUAUGUGUGUAUAUAUAAUGCUAUGAUUCAUUAAAAGUAAAGGUUACAAGUUGGAUUUCCCAUGCUA